UCGUCCCAGUAUUCCGUUCGACAUGUCAUGAUAAGACUGUCGUCAGUGAAAUAAUUCCACUGACAUUAUUAUAACAUGGGUGUUAAGUAUCUGAAUUUUAAAGUGCUUUAUAUAUAAAAAUUAAAAAGUGCCUAACUAGAUACUAUAGAUAAAAUUAGAACGAAAUUCGCGUCCUAUUAUUUUAAAAUGUGUUGCUUUAAUUGAAAAUUUGCGACCUCCUGGCGAAUAUUAUUUAUCAACAAUGAUCAGGAGGCUGAGUGCCCCGACGUCGGGCUCGGCGCGGCGCAGAGCUCGGGAGCGGCGCCGCGCGGAACUGACGCGGCAGGAGGGGGAGCGGUUGGCGAGGGAGAGGCAGGAACUACGCCACAGGGAAAAGUUGGAGCACCAGCGACAGGCGAGAGAAGAGCUAUCCUCGUACGAGCCCUGGGGCCGCGCUGGCGGCGGUGCCCCCAACCCGCAAGGAGUCAGGUUCACCAAGAUCCGCGCCCGCGGCAUCUACCCUGAAGACGAACUAAGGGGUGUAUCCCAAAUUGAACCCUGCUACCGCUGGCCGACGCCUCGUCACCGGCGCAUCAUACGCCGCACGCCAUUGCGUCUGCGCGAAGACCCGCAACUCUGCUACGCGGACAACCUGCGCCAGAGCGUCGACAACGACAUCCGAUACCGGCAGACGCCUGUGCAGCAGCAAAGCUACAAACAAUUCUUGGAUGAGAUGGUUGAUAAAAGAAGGAAAGCUAUUAAUGAAGCAAUGAAAGAAAAAUUGGAGUACGAGCGCAAAAUGCACACUAUGGAGGGGCCCUGGGGACGGCCGGGACCUGGCGGGACCACCUGGCGAAACCCUCGAGAUAUCGGAUUAAAUUUCUCCAAGUCUAUGGGAUGGACAGAUAACGAAAUUUUUAAUAAAAUGACAGGGGAUCAAAAGCGCUAUAAACGAUCUUCGCCUACUUUACCUAAAGUAAAGAGAGAUGAUGAUUCAAAAGAAAACGCGCAACAAAUUGAAGUAUUAAGGACAUCUGCGAGCGAAGUUGAAAAAUUGCCAGACAUUAAUAAAACAAAUAGCGCUAAUAGAAAAUCACGCGAAGAUAAGAAUACAACGCAUGAACAAGAAGUCAAAGAAUCAAAAGCGCCUAGUGAGAAUACUACGCAUGUCAAAAGUCCUAACAGCAAAAACAAAGUUAAAAAUAGUAAUGGGCAUCGUAAAGGAGACAGAAGCCCUCCAAAAAGCAAAUUUGUCAAGAGAUUGUCUAACGGAGAGAGGGUGCAAAAAGUAGUUCCUGGUGAAGAUUGCGAAACCAGAACACAAACAAAUGCGGACCAACCGAUAGUGUAUGAGAAGAAACCUACGCCUGAAGCAGCUAUUUUGGGAUUGACAGGCGGCGUGGAGCUGGUACCCCUUCUAGCGAGGCGGAGGCGUGUCGGCGCGCGCACUCUGCCCUCCAGCGAUGUCACCAGACCCCCCGAACAAUUCUGCGAGUGGCGUGAAAUGUUGAACAUGGAUUACUUGAGGGAACUAAAACAUCAGAUGCGUGUGAAGUGCGAGCAGAAAGAGGAGAGUCGAAAGGACUCAGCGGAGAGCGUGCGACGGCACCACGAGACCUGGGCAUCAUUGUGGGGCCGGCCGGGGCACGGGGCCCCGCAGUGCCGGGGCAAGUACGCGCGGAGCAACCUGGCCCGGCUCCUCUACGUCGCACCACUGGGAAACUCUCGCUGAAGACUUACCUAUUGCCACUUCGAAACACAUGGGGCUAGUCAGGAUUUUACCGUUGGAGCAGCCUGUCUCAGCUCUUCUAUAUAGAAUUAGGCGGCGGUAUUCAUUUUAUCUUUAAAGGAUGCAUAACCAUAAUGCAUAUUUGGUGUCGAAGACUCUUUUGUUGUACGGGGUACAGUAACCUACCUUAACCCGUGAAUCAUUCAUUUAGUUUCGUGGGCAUUGACUUAUCACACUUGACAAAUCAGUGGUUUCAGAAACUCACAAUUUUCAGGAUCACCUGAAUUCUGUGUUAACAGUGUUAAACUACUACACCCGUCUGGUCAAUUAUAGGCUAGAUACGAAUAUUCUAAAAUUAAUUUACAGCAUUAUGUUGUUCACAAUAUAUUUUAGUACUCAUUAGGGGGAUAGCAAAUUAUAGAAAUCGCAAAUAAUGUCUAAAACACGGAUUCUAGCAAUUUUUAGAACAUCUUGUGAAUCACAGUAUUAUUGAUUAGUGCCAAUCAUAUAAAAGUAUUGAAAUUAAAAUAGCUAAAUGUAUAUUAUAAUGAAAUCAAUUAUAUGAUAUAGACGACACACAAGUUUGGGCGGGAAAGAAAUAGCAAUAUUGCAUAAUGAGCAUGUGUUCAAUUUCGGCUCGAUUCCAAAAUUUUUUCAUCUCAUUAUUAUUUUUAAUAAAAUAUUUACUUGUUUAUGUUUUGAUUGGAAAGAUUGAGACGAAGGUGUAUUGAAAAAUCGACUAGGCAGUUCAAACACGCUCUAUAAAUAUAUAACAUUACGUAUUUUUAUAUUCUCUGUGGUUCCUUCGAAGGAACAACUGAUAUUAGAUAAUUAUACGAAUACUGUUAUUGGACAAAAUUAUUUACUAUUAAACAACAAAAUUAUAUAUUAAUUAUUUAUUAAAUGUGUAUCUUAUUCAAAAUGUUGUUAUAAUUAUGUUUUCACGACUUUAAUUAUGUUGUAAUAAGUCUGCGAAAUUAAAUGCAGUUGUUUC